AUGUCAGAUACUCCAACUACUACCAAUUCAACUGAGGGGGCAUCCUAUUCCGAACAAAUCUUAGAAUCAGCAAGAAGAAACAACACGGAAUUAUUGCUAACUAUAAAAGUUGAGUUGAACAAUGAUCCUAUCAAGUUAUCGGAACUAAUCAACUCGACUAGAGAGGUAAUCACCAAUAACACACCAUUGCACAUAGCAUGUCAACUUGGAAAUUGGGAGUUCAUAGAUAUUGUGUUAGAUAUAGAAGGUGUUGAAAUCGACCCUCAAAAUAGAGAAGAGGAAACUCCAUUACAUUUGGCAGUCAAAUACACAAACAACGGAGAACCAGAACAUGGCUAUUUCAUCAUUGACAAUUUAUUGGAUGCAGGGUCCGAUCCACGAAUUAAGGAUAAAUUCAAUCUCAAACCAAAAGAUUAUGUGGAUAAAGAUCAUCAAAAAUUACUCGAGUUGUUGGAAAGUGCAGAAUAUGCUAUUUCCAUGGAACCUACUGAGGCGGAGCAAUUGGCCGAAUUUGAAAAUCAAGGUGCCGGUGAAGAAGACGAAGGUUCGGCAUCAGAAUCAGAUUAG